AUGAGCUUGUCCUUCCUCCUCCUGCUCUUCCUCAGCCACCUGAUCCUCAGCGCCUGGGCUCACGGAGAGAAGCGCCUCGCCCCCAAAGGGCAACCUGGACCCGCUGCCACUGAUAGGAGCCCGGGAGGCGACAGCACCAGCCAGAGCUGCAGCAGCACCACGUCUUCCUCCUCUCCCUCCUCUACCUCCUCUGCCCCGGCGGCUACCCUGGGCAACCAAGGAAGCGGCUCCGAGCAGAGCAGCUUCCAGUGGAGCCCCUCGGGGCGCCGGACCGGCAGCCUCUACUGCAGAGUGGGCAUCGGUUUCCAUCUGCAGAUCUACCCGGAUGGCAAAGUCAAUGGAUCCCACGAAGCCAGUAUGUUAAGUAUUUUGGAAAUAUUUGCUGUGUCUCAGGGGAUCGUAGGAAUACGAGGAGUUUUCAGCAACAAAUUUUUAGCCAUGUCAAAAAAAGGAAAACUCCACGCAAGUGCCAAAUUUACAGAUGACUGCAAGUUCAGGGAGAGAUUUCAAGAAAACAGCUAUAAUACCUACGCCUCAGCAAUACACAGAACUGAAAAAACGGGACGUGAGUGGUAUGUGGCUCUGAAUAAAAGAGGGAAAGCUAAACGAGGCUGCAGCCCACGGGUCAAACCCCAGCACAUCUCUACCCAUUUUUUGCCGAGAUUCAAGCAGUCGGAGCAGCCAGAACUUUCUUUCACGGUCACUGUUCCUGAAAAGAAAAAGCCACCUAACCCUAUCAAGCCAAAGGUUCCCCUUUCUGCACCUAGGAAAAGCCCUAACACGGUGAAAUACAGACUCAAGUUUCGCUUUGGAUAA